CGAUGGCCAUUCAAUGGCGGAUGAGUUUUUGCCCGCUGCAUGGAUCACAACGCUCUCAGUCCAAGGAAAGUUGCCGGCGAAUGCGCUUCGCUUUUCCACUUGUCCAUAACAUCUAACAACAGCCAAGUGAAGACCAACUAUUAUUCUAACGCCUAAAGUAUUGCGUGCGUGGUCUUAUCGAAUGGUAGCAACAAUCAGGCAAUUGAUCGCAGGUUCUAUUUAAGCAUAAAAGUAAAAACAAUAACAAGACCAGCAUGGCCGGAGUCAGCGUGGGAUUUGCCAAGUGUUUUAUGCUAUUUAUGGCUGUUGUCAUAUUGGUUCAAGGACUCGUCUAUCUGGGCCUUUCGAUAUGGGGCAUAACACUGCGUAAUUGCCAGACUACAUCGGACAUUGCCAGUGAUCCCUUCAAGUUUGCCAUGGAUAUUAUCUACUUUGUGGAGGAGAGAUGCGGCGAUCCGACUAUUGAAAUGCGCGACACUACCUACCAGUUGGAGAUGGACUGGUCGAAAUCCUUUGAGGUCACCAAUCGUGAAUACAUAUUCAUGAUUUGCUAUGCGGCAGUUAGUGGCUUGUGGAUAGCCUCCUCAACUCUAAUCAUACUUACCUUGUGCUGCGCGACCACUAAACUCAUUUCUGGCAUUAUUUAUUGGCCCUGGUUUCUGUCCGUGCUAGCGGGCUGCAUCCUGGACGUUGUUGCCACUGUCUAUCAUGGUCUGGAUAUAUCCCAUACUUUGUCCCUAGAUGAUGCUUUCAAUUUUAUUGGCGCCGCACCGGUUUCAAUGCCCGAGCAAAUUUGGUCAGCCUUGGAAACAUUUGGCGUCUACUUCUCCACGCCUGCCGUCCUGCUCACCUGCAUCAGCUGUCGUGUGGUGCUCAUCUGGCUGCUCAACUUGAUUGGCGGCAUCUUCUGUCUGUCGCUGUCGCAUGUCCUGGCGAACCAGACGGCACAAAACAAGGAGGUCUCCCAAGUAGCUCACAACAAUCAGAUGACGCCACGCCCGCAAACCCCACAGUCUGUGGUGCUCGCCCAGCCCGGGUUUCCGGCAACAGCGCCCGUUUCCUUAACACCCGAGUUGGAGCAGUAUCCGGAGCAGAUACGUCCCAAGCCCUUGCCCAUUAUUAUACCAGCACAAACUGCCGAGAUGAUGCAGCGACAGGAUUCACGUUAUCAGGCCAGUGAUCGCACCACGCUUCAAUCGCCAGUUUUGGUGCUUCCACCCCUGCCACAACAGGAGCAACAGCAACAACAGGCUCAAGUUCAGCCAGAGGUUAACACUUAUCGGACUACAGAUGCGCAUCCCGAUCAACUCAAUUAUCCCGCCACGGAGCCCAGCUCGCCACGGGCUCCCAUGUCGCCGGCAGCACAGCAGAUGGCAACUGGCUCAGCUUUAAAUAGUCGCUAUUCGGAAAUCUAUCCGGCACAGCCAGCAAAUCCGCGCUUCAGCGAGGAGCUGCGCAAUCAGAUGCCCUGGUCAUAUACGAGCAUGAUCACGAAGCCACCACCACCACCCCGUAAGCCACAGCAACAGGUGCAGAUAUACCCACAGAUACCGGAGCCGGAUUACACGGAGUACUAAGCGGCUUUCCUUCGAAUUAUGGAAUUAUGUCACUGAUUGCUGGCAAAUCAGCUGAGGUGCUAAAUUAUUGCUACAUUGUUUUGAGUUAUUGUUACCUUUAUUAUAUGCACAUAAAGCUAAUGUAUAUGGCCAAUCUUUA